UAGUUUUGCUUCUUCACACUGCACAGACACAGACCGGAAGUUGUAAAGACAUGUUACAGGGUUACCUAUCAGGACAGCUGUCGUCUGCUCUAGGAGCGUAUCAAGUAGAAGCUUUAAGGCGGGAAUUCAAAAGCUUCACUGACGUCAUUGAGAAAUCUAUGAAAAAGUUCAAAGAAGAAGUGAGCACUAGCAAACCAGAUAAAGGAAACAGAGCCAUUGUAUACACAAGAUGGGGGAAGAAGAUUUGUCCCUCAAACGCAAACUUAGUUUAUUCUGGAUUCGCUGGAGGAUCACAUUAUACUGACAAAGGAGCUGCUGUAGAUCCUCUUUGUUUGCCAAGGGAUCCCGAGUGGGGGAUGUACAGGGAUGGAACUAACGGAGCCGGAGCUUAUAUAUAUGGAGCGGAGUACGAAACAAAGGCAUUUACAAGUCACUUUUCUCCAUUUCUUGACCAUGACAUACCCUGUGCUGUGUGCCUUGUUCAAAAUAGAUCCGUUGUAAAAUUAUUUCCGGCGAGAAAAACCUGUUUCAAAGGAUGGAACCUCGAGUACCAGGGCUAUCUCAUGGCUGGACAUUUUGGUCAUGCAGCUGGUACAACUUACAAGUGUAUGGACAAGAAUCCUGACACUUUGCACGGUGGUCAUGCGAAUAAAGAUGGCUACUUAUUUUAUUUUGUAGAAGGCCGUUGUGGUUCAUUGAAAUGUCCACCAUAUGUUGAGGGAAGAGAACUAGUUUGUGCUAUCUGUUCAAAACCGUAA